GCUGGCAUCGUCACGAAGCUUCAUCAACACACCCGGACCCUCGUCCCUCAGCAUGGCCCACUAACCGACACAUGGGCGACCUUUGGCUCCCUGGCCUCUCCACCCACGCCUGGAAUUGGCUGGUUCUGGACUUCACGAUGACUCAUCCCUACAACAGCAGCGGCAGCCCCGUCGGACUUUCUGCGCUCUCCGUCCCCGCCCAACAGAAGAUUUCGGAUCAUCGCGCAAGUUAUGGCACCCAUCACCCGCCGAAUGCAUUUCUUCCCUUCACUGCAGGUACGGAUGGUCUUCUUGAUGCUGACGCUUUGCGGUUUCUCUGGUACCUGGCGGAUCACCAUGGAGCUACGCUGACAGCGGAGUGGGAUGGCUGCGCUCAGGAGGCGGUGUAUGGGGACCCUGGCUUUCUUCGUUUGCGUGCUCGCCUGUUUCGGCAGUAUCGCUCUCGCAUGGGUCUUGCCGUCCUCCUCGCAGGAGCCUUGCGCUACUGCUCUUUGUCCUGAUCCUUGUUCCCCUGCUUGUCGUGC